UGAAUGCCUUAUCAACUCCCGGUCGAAUGGCAAAUGCCUUUGAGUCGGAUACUCGAAGGACAGGAUGCAAUAAUGCUAUUGUUUCAGACAAAUGAAUCUCAUGGGUAAAUCGUUGGUGAUCGUGUACAAUGAAAGUCACUUAACCGGGUUGCCAAACAGCUGCCGCUUGAAUGGUCGAAGCGGCAGUUGGGCCUCACAUUGAACCAGGGCACCGCUUACCACGCAUAUUGUCCUGGACCUCGUCUUGGACAGGAGGCCUGCCUAUCCUAUAAACUGUCCUCGCUACUGUUCGUCGAAUAAUAGCAUGUCUUCCACCGGACGUGUGACUCAAGCCUGUGCACGCUGCAGACGGCAGAAGCUGAAAUGCGAUGCGCUUCGGCCUUGCAUUCUUUGCGUGCGUGCAGGAGUGGAGUGUGAGCCUCGUAAUAGCUCUUCCCGGGCUACCAGCGACCGAGCAUCUCCCGCACGUCGGCGACGGUCUACUCACCAAAAGAAUCGUGCAACAACUUUGGAUCGUUCCGGAUCAUCUGGGUCGGCACCAAACAUACCCUCACUGCAGCGGUGUGGUACAAUCUCCAAUGGCCAGACAUCAUCGGCACCCGGGCAGCAUCAAUCUCCCCGCGUAGAGGUCUCAGAGGACCAGAGUCCUAAUGAGAGUCAGCAAUUUGGCGCGAACACUUCAGUCAUUGGCUUUGCCAAAAAUGUCUUCAGGCAUAAUGAUCUGCUUUCACCGAGUAUCACCUCGACUAUUCCUGGAGACCCAGGCGUCUUCCGCCAGCCCAGUUCGAGAUGGGCUCUUCAAAACAUGAUCAUGCCUCCGCCUGCUGUCAUGCACCUCUUGUUGGACGCCUAUUUCGACCGUGUCCAUUGGUUCAUCUUCCUUUUCCACCAACCCAGCUUCGUGAUCCGGGCUGAUACAUUGUUGACCAGCACUACCUGGACGCGGCAGGACAUGCCAGCAAUAAUGGCCGUAUUGAUGACCUCAGCAAUGGCCCUCAAGUGUGUCAUGAAUGACACCGCAUGGGAAGGGCAUUCUGUCUUGGGUUCUUAUGCCUUAGACGCGAAAUCACUCCUGUCGAACCUCAUUGCCGAAAUUCGUCUACACCUGCUUGAUCUGCUGGACGAUUCCCAGAUUGAAACCGUUCAGGUAUGCACGCUUCUGGGCACGUACUACAUAUAUCAUGGCUCUCCCAGUCUUGCAUGGAGCAUCCUAGGUAUGGCAGUAAGGAACGCAUACGCACUGGCCUUGCAUUGUGAUGAUACGGAAGAACAACAGCAGAUUGCAACUCAGGUUCGCCAUCGGUCCUGGAACCACGUCACGAUCGCGGACACAUUUUCUGCCAUGAUAUAUGGGCGCCCGGCGGGCUUGGACGCGGCGUUUGCGCAAUUGCAGCCGCUGUGCGAGAUGGAUGAUACUGUGGUUGCUAUUUCGGAUGCUCAUCAGGACGAUACCACCAAUUUCAGGUCUGGACUGUCAAAGCUGCCUUUCCAUGUGCUCAAAUAUCGGUUAUACACUAUCACUCGACGAGCUCUGGAUGCAUUUCGACUUCUACGUCUGAAAGAUCCGCUCUCUCCUGAAGAUCAACAAGCCUUGAUUGGGGCCGUCUCGCAUAUCGAGUCUCUGCUUGUAUCAUGGCAGAAAGAGGUCCCCCCACACCUCUCCGGCGAUGAUUGGCAAAACGUGGAGCCGAGCGGACCGUUCCCUUCCAAAUUGCAGUGCCUGACCCAUGUAGAGGAAGACAAGGCGAGAACGUUCUUUUUACAGGCAAUGGUCCUCCAGUUGACAUACGACAGCACCCUGAUUCUGAUACAUCGGCCACUACUCGAGCACAAAAUGGCACUUGGAAGUAUAUCAGCGUCCAGCCAGAAUUUUGUCCAAAGGUCACUGGAAGUAGCAGUCGAUGCAGCUUUGCGGAUUUCUCGGGUACCUAUGCUCCAGUUCAACCACCAUUUAUCUCUUUCUUUUGCAUUCAUGCAUUUCUUCACUGCCGGAGUCAUCCUAUGCAUCCCGCCGGCCAGGCAACCUUUUAGCACCCUUGCACAAGAGGCCAAAGCUGGGAUCAUGCGGAUUAUUCUAGCUUGCAGAGAUGUUGGAAGCAGCAGUCAGAUAGCACGGCACAUCGACCAGUUACUUACAGCUUUGUUGAGGGUUACAGUGUUGCGAGAGAUGGACAAUGCUCUACAAAAUCAAACCACUGGUCCGGUGCUGCUCGAGCAGACCGAGACUGGUUUCGAGAGAGAUGAUACUUCUACACAAGCUGCUGACAGCCUACCACACCAGGCUGAUCAUGGGAACUUAUACUCUAGUCAUUUGUACUCCGCUUCCAUGCCAUCAGGACUAGGCGGAUCGUUGCCCACCAAUCUGACGGGACAAGGGGAUGCACAACUCUCCUUUGACCUUGGCUCGUUGCAUGACAAUGCGGGAAUUGAGUUCGACACUCAGUUGGACGAGGCUUUUGGUACUUUUGGACAGAUGAUGUUCAAUGUUCAACCAGACGAUCGAUAUACGCCUUGGAAUUGGGGUAGCCGCUCACGAUGA